CCAUUAACCCAGGCUGAGUAUGGGUGGUAAAUAUUCAGUGUUUCCUUUUUGUUUUGUUAACAAUUUAUCCCAUAAUUUUAUGUGACCAUCUCCUAUGGUCUGGUUUAGUGGGUGCCAAAUGACCUGUGCCUUGUUAGAAUAAUUUACAGAUACUGGUAGGCCUACUUGUUCUGAGUGUACCAUUGCUGAGUGCGGGUACCCUGCUUUUGGAGACGCGCCUUUUUGGGAUGCUUGGACAAUCAAAGGUGACACCUCACAUCCAACCAGGGGAAAAUAGUUUAAAUAAGCUUGGAAUUUUACAUUUUUUAAUGUCUAAAUAAGUUCAUAUAGUGUUACUUUAAAUACACCAGUGUGUGUUUUGGUGUAUACAGGUAAACUUUUACUGACACUCUUUUUUUUUCUGUUAAAUGAAUAACAUCAAUAUUUUAAUGUCUAAAAGUCAGGACCAAGAAAUCAUGGCAGCAGUGAACUCGUUGAGGAAUAUACUGAUACAGCCACACCAAGGUAUUAAUGUAGAACUUAGUCUACCACUGUGGUUUGAUACUUCGUUCAACUUGAGUAAAAACCUUAAAAUUGAACAUGUUAUGAAGGAUUGUAAUAAGCUUUUUGACCCGUUGUCACAUGGGGAGUGUUAGAUUGGUUAUUUUGAUGGUUAGAAUAAAAAUAUCUUCAAAGCUUUUCUGUGACUUGCAUAUUACUUUAGCCAGUGUCCGGACUGGUGCAAUCAUAAUACUCUGAAGUAAUGGAUCCAUAUUACUAACCGAGAAUGCUAAACCGGAUGGACGCAGGGACAUCCGGCGAUGGGCCGUAGCCGCAAAAAGACGUACUGCGCAGGCGCCCCAAGAAAUGAGGCGCUGCGAGAGGCGGCCGCGACCACAGAAAAGCCGUGACCACAGAAAAAAGGAGUCAGCACAGAAAAAAGGAGUCAAACGCAGGCGACGCACACAGCCAUUGCACACGAAACUAGCACACAAAAAAAAGAAGCCGCUCGCGCCCCACGAAUCCCACACCCACCUCCAAGCACCCCCCCCCCCCACAAGCAACACAAAGAGGACGAUUCAACAAGCCCGUGGCACACAAAAAAAAAGAACCCGCAACCCCAAACCCCCCCCCCCAAGCAACGGACGGGACACACACAAAGAGGAGGAAUUCAACAAGCCCCUGGCACACAAAAAGAAAGAAGACGCUCGCAACCCACCAAUCCCACCACCCCCUCCAAGCAACAUGCACCCCCCAGACGCCGGCAAAGCACACAGCGCCUCACGAAUCCCAUUGCACACGAAACGGGACGCACACAAACAGGAGGAUUCAACAAGCUCGUACCACACCAAGAAAAAGAAGCCGUGACCGCCACACCAAGCCCAUUACAGACGAAACGGGACAGACUACGGACAUGGCACACGAAACGUUCACAACAACGACGAUUCAGACCCACAAACACACUAACAUCAAUAAGAAGUGACACCCAAAGCCCCAUUUCUAAAGGAACCGUCCGCAGACACCUGCUAAACGAUUGCGCCACUUAGCUGACAACGCGUUCGAUAAUGAGUCCACUAUUGAGGAAAAUUCAUUGGGAUUAAUGAAUGUCAUUUGCAAUCAUUGUCAUUCACUUAACUUCCCUGAAGAAACAACUGCCAAUACAAGUAAUGAAUUUACACGUUGUUGUCAAAAGGGUCAGAUUAGACUGCCUCCUUUACAUUCAUAUCCUGAAUAUCUACAGAAGCUUCUAACUAACGAUGUACCUGAAACUAAAAACUUUAUGAACUGCAUUAGAUCCUACAAUAGUUCAUUUGCUUUUGCAUCUACCGGAGUAAAUAUCAGGCCACCAAAAGGCAAUGGCCCAUACUGCUUUCGCAUAUGUGGACAAAUAUUACAUCGCAUUGGAACAGUACACCCUGAAACAAAUCAACAAUGCAAAUAUGCACAAAUCUACACACAAAGCCCCAUUUCUAAAUGAACCGUCCGUAUUAAACAUACGUCAUCUCAACACGUUCACACUAUGCAGCAUAGGUGGAUCUCAUUACAAUAAAGGCUCCAUAUUAACAGUGAAUGCGGUCCUCCUUAUUACUUAUCCAUAUUUAUCACGCUCAAGAACAAACAAGUCAUAAAUUCACGAUCACGGGUACGAAUCGAUACGGCUUGGAUAACGGGACCAAACACAAUUCACACUAUGCAGCAUAGGUGGAUCUCAUUACAAUGAGGCACUAUUAACCGUUCAACCGCAGAAAAGGCUCCAUAUUAACAGUGAGUGCAAUCCUCCUUAUUACUUAUCCAUAUUUCUAACGCUGAAGAACAAACAAUUCAUGAAUUCACAAUCACGGGUACAAACCGAUACUGCUCGAGUAACGAGACCAAACACACGAACCCGCAUGAAAAAAAACAAUACACGUCGGCUCCAACGCGCUUCUGAAACUCUGGAAGAAAAAAUGUCUCGGCUCCAAAAACGCAAAGCUCAACUAACACAGUUACAGAUACGAACCCAAAUGGACAGACACACUGAACGUGGACGCAUGCAGCGCGCGUCUCACAGUACUGCAUCGAAACAGGCACGGCUUCAAAACGAAACACCUCCCGUCUCAGACAUACAGAAAUGGCAGCGAGGGAACAUCAACGACAGACACCUGCUAAACAAUUGCGCCAGUUUGCUGACAACGCGUUCAAUAAUGAGUCCACUAUUCAGGAAAAUUCAUUCAGAUUAAUGAAUGUCAUUUGCAAUCAUUGUCAUUCACUUAACUGGCAAUACAUGUAAUGAAUUUACACGUUGUUAUCAAAACGGUCAAAUUAGACUGCCUCCUUUACAUUCAUAUCCUGAAUAUCUACAGAAGCUUCUAACUAACGAUGUACCUGAAAGUGAAAUCUUUAGGAACUGCAUUAGAUCCUACAAAUCGAUAUCCACUAUGAACAUUAACAGUGGCACUGCACAUGACAUCCGUCUUGCAAAACUGUUAAUUAUUGAUGAAUAUACAAUGGCAUCCACUCACUUACUCCACACCAUUCAUAAACUUCUACAAACGUUUAUGAAUAGUGAUCUUCCCUUUGAAGGAAAGGUACUUUUAUUACGAGGAGAUUUUAGACAAUGCGUAGCUAUUGUUCCACAUUCCAUGCGCUCAGCUAUUGUUCAGUGCACCUUAAAAUACGCAGACAAUUGGCAUUGCUUUCAAAAAAUACAGUUAGUACAUAACAUGCGAUGUCCACAUCCAGAUCAUAACAAUUGGUUAUUACAACUGGGAGAUGGUACACUCACCAAUACAGAUAGACUUCACCCAGAUAUUAUUACAAUUCCUCAAGCCUUUAUCUGCGCCGACUUAGUUACAGACAGAUUUGGAACAGCAAUCUCAUUUGACCAAAUGCCCCUUUUAACACAACGCACUAUAUUAUGUCCAAAAAAUAUUAAUGUGGAAAACAUAACUACCCAAGUCAUUGCAUUACUGCAUCAUCUACACCUUCACACUAUUCUAUAUCUCAUUCAUACAUCACGCUCUUUCUCAUUCCCAACACCAGGGGUUGGCGAGCGAAGCGAGCAGGGGGCGGAGCCCCCUAGUGUAUUCAGAAAAGCUAUUGAGAUCACAUCCAACAGGAGUUUUUGUAGUGAUCCACAGAGUAAUCCUCACAGUUUCAACUGUCUUCCAAUAUGUCCACUUUUCCGAGAAAACACAACUGUUCAGACCAAAACCAGACAGCUUGCAUAAGACAAAUACUACAUGUGACAGUCUGAUGCAUUUAUUUGUGUGUGUACACAGUGUAGGAGAGCAGGCUGGCUGUGUGGCUGCAGCAGGGCAGCUGACUGAAGAACAAGUGGCUCAGAUUUUUGCAGCUGCAGAGAUCAGCAGGGCCUACAAGAGGACUCAUCAUGAAAAACUGUUAGAGUUCAUAAUAAAGGACCAUGGAGCAGAUGAUCACUUGCUGGCUGUUGUAUCUCGUAAGGUAUCGUCCAAAUGGUUAAAAAAAUUAUGAAAAUCCUAAAGGUCACCGGGUAAUGACUUAUAUAGAAGAUGAGGAGCUGAUAGAUGGCCUCUACAACUUCUUGGAUGAAGUGCUGUCAAGAGCUGUAGGCACUUUUGAGAGGAUUGACAGAGUUCGCAUCAUUCUGGAUGUGCUGAUACCAGAGGUUAAUUAGCCUUCAGUAAAUCUCUAAUGAGUACAGAAAGUGUGUCUAUGAGUAACAUCCUCUCUUUUUCUGUGUUUUUGAUGGGCUCUUAUUAAAGCUAUACAAACAGUUGAGAGGAUUUCUCUGCCAGUGGCAGAAAAUCUGUUCAUGGCUGGACCAGCAUACGGUGAGUGGUACGUCAUGUGGAAAAUAAACAGUCCUUUCUUUUUCUUUUCAGUGCCAUUAUUCUGUUAAACGGAAUACCCUAUAGUUGUUGUGAAUUUAGACAAGAAUAUAAACGAAAUAUAUAUAAAUGUGAAUAUAUAUGUUUAAAGUGACAUUUAAACUAUACAUUAGUACAUUUUUAGUAUUGGUAAAAUUACAUUUAGAAGUAUGCCAUAUGUAGCAUUUAUUCUAAACUGUACAAGGUCAAGAAUUGUGGUUUCAAAUGACAAAUGCAGAAGUGUUUCUGGUUGGUAUGAUUAGAAUUUGUUCAUUUGUGUGCUUGUUUUUGUUUUGUUUUUUUUAGUGAGAGGGAAGAGUUUGACAAACUGUACUUGUUUUACAACAGUUGGAAGUAAAAGGAAAGCACCACUGAGGCAUUUAAACUCAGGAUUACAUCUCAACCCUACUCAAAUAAAUGUGUCUCUUUCUUUACUUCUCUUUUGCCUUUUUUAUUUCUGUGUGUUAAAAUGACUGUGCAUAAUAGAGUUGUAUAUAUUUAAUGUAACUAUUGAUGUAAACAAUAAAGGACACUUUCUGUUAUUGUUAAAGAUUGUUGAUUAAGUUCUGUAUAUUUGAAAUUGCUUGUCUGUUUUUAGACAAUUGAAGUCAUCUGGAUUUUUACUUUAAUAGUUAUAACUGCUUUGUACAGUUGUUAUGCAUUUUACAUUGUUGUUUUAUUUAUAUAUAAUAUAUAGAAGCGGGCAUGCUGUUGUUUUAAUACUUCAGUAUAUUCCUUGAUCAGUCUGUUUGUUAAAUUUAAUCUUUGUGAAUUCUUUCUUUCAAUUCAACUGACCAAUCAUUAUUGAUAAUUGUAAAUAUUUCUUGAAAUUGUUGCACAAUUUAUAUUGAAUAAUUAUUAAUAAAAUCUUGUUUUUGGUAGUGAUAA